GUCGUAUCAUUUUAUAUUGAAUAUAGUAAAAGUACGUGUGCCAAAAUUCUUAGAACAUUAAUAUAAAUUCUAAUUUAUAUAAGUUUUGAACCUAUCAUUUUUGUGUUACUUCUAAAAAUCUUUAAAAAUAACUGAACAAGAUGUCAACAGAAGUGGGUUUUGCUACAAAAGCUAUUCAUGCCGGACAAGAUCCAUUACAAUGGAAUCAUUGGGAAGUAGUACCUCCUAUUGUAAUGUCCACUACUUUUCGUCAGGAUGGACCUGGGCAAACUAAGGGUUAUGAUUAUGGAAGAAGUAACAAUCCCACAAGAAAUGUUUUACAAACUUGUUUAGCUGCUCUAGAAAAUGGAAAAUAUGCAUUAACUUUUGCAUCAGGUUUAGGUGCUACAACAGUAGUAACUUCAUUAUUAAAUGCAGGAGAUCAUAUUAUAUCUACAGAUGAUAUUUAUGGUGGAACUAAUCGUUUUUUCCAAAAAUGUUUAUGCACGCAAAAUAAAACAGUUACAUUUGUAGAUAUGUCAGAUAUUAAUAAUGUUAUAACCAAUAUAAAACCUAAUACAAAGAUGGUUUGGUUAGAAACACCAACUAAUCCUCUACUGAAGUUAGUUGAUAUUCAGGCUGUUGUUCAAGCAGUCAAACAAAAAGAUGCUGAAAUUAUUGUAGUAGUAGAUAAUACUUUCCUAACAUGUUAUUUUCAGAAACCAUUAAAUUUUGGAGCAGAUAUUGUAAUAUAUUCUCUAACGAAGUAUAUGAAUGGACAUUCAGAUGUUAUUAUGGGUGCAACAAUUACAAAUAGAGAUGAUCUAGCACAAAGACUUGCAUUUCUUCAAAAUGCUAUGGGUGUUGUUCCAUCUCCUGUAGAUUGUUCUUUGGUUAAUCGGAGUUUAAAAACUCUGGAAAUUAGAAUGCAGCAACAUAUGAAAAAUGGAUUAGCAGUUGCACAAUUUUUAGAAUCACAUCCUUGUGUAGAAAAAGUAAUCCAUCCAUACCUUCCCUCACAUCCACAGCAUGAAAUUGCUCUUAAACAAACUUCUGGUCAUAGUGGAAUGGUUUCAUUUUAUCUAAAAAGUAAUUCCAGCAAAUUUUUAAAGGCCUUAAAAUUAUUUACAUUAGCAGAAUCACUUGGUGGUUAUGAAUCUCUUGCUGAAUUACCGUGCGUGAUGACUCAUGCUUCAGUACCUGAAGAAGCUAGAGCAACAUUAGGCAUUACUAAUAAGUUAAUUCGUUUAUCUAUUGGUCUUGAAACAGAACUAGACCUUUUAGUUGACCUUGAUCAAGCUCUUGUAGCUAGUUUGUAAACAUAUAAAUAUGUCGAUUGCCAGAUGAUUUUCUACAUAAUACUUUACUAAAAAGAAAAGUUGUUCAAGCACUUUAUGAUGCAUUUAAUACUUUAAACUAUAACUAUUAGAAAUAGUAAAAAUUUUAUGAAUAAUUUUUUAUUUAAUUUAUAUGUAAUUAAUUCUGAUAUCAACAUAAUGCCAGUCAUCAUAGCAGUCAAUGUGUUAAUGUAGUAGGAACCAACUUAAUUUAGAAAAUACUAUACAUGUUAUCUUUUGAAAUUAAUUAAUUUUUUGGGAAGGAUAUAUUGCCAUUCAUAUUUUAACAUUCCAUACUACACUGAUGUUCGCAUGUUUCAUAAUGUACAUUAUUAUAUGUACACCAUUUAUUCUAAUAGAGCCGUAUUCUUUAUACCACAUAUUUUUAUAUCAUCUAUUCUUUGUAUGAAAAAAUUGUACAACAUUGUACAGUACCCAUUGAAUUUAGAGGAUUUUAGACAAUUAUUAAUAUUUUUAAACUGUGUAUAAAAAUAAUGAUACAAAAUUAAUGAUACAUUAAUUAAUGAGAUAAAAUAAAUUAAAGAAUUUAUCGUUUUUUACAUUUUUUAAUAAGAUAAAAAAUUAUUCUUAAGAUUUUUUAAAUCUUGUAUUAAAUCAGUAAUAUUUUACAUACAUAUAUGUUAAUCUAUCAAAAAAUAAAUUAUUUUUUUCUUACGAUAUA